AACCCCUUAAUUAGUCAAUUUCUCCUCGUCUCCUCGCGUAGGAUGUCCUGACAGCGCCUGGCCUUUAUUUCUCAAACCAAAAAAAGUUUGAUACAGCGACAUGGAUGGGAAAGAAGCAACGGCGCUCCAAAAGCUGAGCUCCUUCAGUAUCAAGAGUCUGCUGCUUCCGUCCAGACACGACAGACACGACAGACACGACACGGCGCGACCGGAGGAGCCCGAGCCGCCGCCGCCGGAAGCCCGAGGACCCGCGGAGCCCGCGGAGAAAGUCAAAGACGCCGAAGAAGAAGAAGAAGAAGAAGAGGAAGAGGAGCCGAGCAAAGCGGCGAAGCUCGACAAGCCGCCGUUCAGCUACAACGCGCUCAUCAUGAUGGCCAUACGACAGAGCCCCGAGAAGAGACUGACGCUGAACGGGAUCUACGAGUUCAUCAUGAAGAACUUCCCGUUCUACCGGGAGCACAAGCAGGGCUGGCAGAACUCCAUCCGACACAACCUCAGCCUCAACAAAUGUUUCGUGAAAGUGCCGAGACAUUACGACGACCCCGGGAAAGGAAACUACUGGAUGCUGGACCCUUCGAGCGACGACGUGUUUAUCGGCGGGACGACCGGGAAGCUCCGGAGACGCUCGGCCACGUCCCGGGGCAAGCUGGCCAUCAAACGAGGACUGCGCUUUUCCCCGCUGGGUUUGGGAAUAAACGAGACGCCCAAUAAUCCUCUGUACUGGCAGAUAUCGCCGUUGCUGUCGUUACACCCGCCGCACUACAGCGGCGCGCCGCACGGCUUUCUGAGUCAGGGACACGGGUACGGUUCUUUCUCCGAGCCGCGUCCGGUUCUGGGGCUCACGAACUCUUACGGGAUGGGCUCGCUGUCGGUCCCGUCCGGUUACCUGCCCCCGCCGGCCCUGCAGAGCGACUCCCUGAGGAGCACGCUGUCGUUCCCGCCCGCCGUUUCCGGUGGCUUACCUGGAGUUUUGUCACACCACGACAGAGUCUCUCCAGACUCGUUUUAAACCGACGGGGAAUGAUUUCUAAUACUUCCGUUCAGUUUCGAGCAGGUCGUGUGCUGACGAGCGGAACCGGAGCUCGUGACACGCCGUUAACGUGCUCGGAAAGCGCGGGAGUCACGUAACGCGAUUAAACUCCACACUAUUUAUAUGAUGUCCGAAGUUAAUUUAUGUCAUAUUUCUGAACUGUGUUUGAUGUCGUGUAUCUGUCCGGUCAUCAUUUAACCGGUAAGUGACCGAAGCGGAGAUCUUCAGGGGGUUAUUUAUUUUCUUUCCUCAGGUCCCGCUCCUCGAAGCGCGCGCCGCGUCUUUCCCUUCUGUUUGAACUCAAUAAAGACUCCUGAGAGACCGGACCAGGACGCGUUUAGGUUUAGCUGCACUCAAAUGAUUUUAAAAAGACGAACGAAUUAACGUCGAGUUUAAAAACACGCGUCGGACCCGUAAACGAACACAUUAGAAUUAAACUCUAUCCUGGACUCCACGAGCUGAGAGCGCGCGCCUGACUCACAUAAACACACUUUCACACCAACAUCCGGUGAAGAGGUGCAUCGGUGAAAGACCAGGGGGUCGCUUUAUCACUUUACAGCUGUGCACUUGAAAAAAAAGAGAGUUUCUUUGAGAAGAACUGGGAAAAAGCGCUCUUGUGUUUACAGCGUCGGGACUGCUAAUAAUAAAGUGUUUUGUCAAAAUGUAGAAAAAAAGGGAUUUCUUUUAUAGUCUCUUUUUAUGUAAACUUACAAUGCGAACAAAUUUAAUUAAAAAUGUCUUCAAGUAGUUUUGAAGAGAUGAUUGUGAAUAAGAGCGAGGUGUGAGAUCUGCCUCUAAGCCUCCUCACAUCAACACGAGUAAUAAUACUAGAACUAGAACAAAACUAAAACUAGAUCAUCUGGGGAAGAACAUUCAUCUGUUUAUAAGAGAGAGACGGGAAGAAGUGAACGUGCUCGAAAAAUAUAAACAUAUUUAAACAAAAAAAAAAAACCCAGGUCGGAAGGGUUUGGGUGUAAAAACAUUUCAAGCCGCCUAGACCUUUUUAUUGAGUUAAAGUAUGGGAUAAUAUAAUAAAAACGAACUGUUAGGCUAUAUAUUGUUCUGUUUAUUGUUAUUGUUUGAUUGAUAUUUAUUCAUUUAUUGUUUGUUUUCUAUAGGCUAGAUAUAUCUGUUUUAGAAGAGCAGCUUGAAGAAGGGACUGAGGAAUAAAAGCAGAAAAUAGAGCUUUAUAAACAUCAACAUUUCAUUGAAAUAAUUAUAUUUAUAAAUUAAAUCAUUAUUGAA